ACCGCGUGCACUCUAGUCUCUUGAGUCUUGAGGCACGCAUGCCCGCUAUGGCUCGCAAGGUGGCCUCGCCUGUUAGCGACGACUCACAGAAGGAGAACACCGGCGUACGCACUAGGGUCAAAGCGGAGAAGAUGAACCAGAAGAAGCUGUCGAAGGGCAAGGAGCCGAUGCGGCGGCGCGUCGAGAUAGAGGAGCAGGAGAAUGAGAAGGAGCCUGAGGAGUUUGAGGAGGAGGAGCAGGAAGACGAGUUGGAGAACGAUGAGGACGAUGCGCAGGAUGACGAGGAGGAAGGGGAAGAACGAGAAAACGCGUCCCCUAAGGGGAAAAAGCGCGUCCGACUCAACGCCAACGGCGAUUCGCGUCCAGCGGAUUCGCAGCUCAAGGCGGAGAAGCAGGGGAAACCCCGAGGACAGACGCUGCCACGGGAUGUCGAUGGCUUCAUUCCAGGAUCUAUCGUCCGCGUUCAGCUCAAGAACUUUGUAACGUAUGAUUUUGUGGAGUUCAAGCCUGGCCCGUACCUGAACAUGAUCUUCGGCCCUAACGGUACCGGGAAGAGCACAAUAGCAUGCGCGAUCUGCCUUGGCUUGAACUUUCCUCCCAGCGUUUUGGGCCGCGCGUCCGAAUUGAACUCGUUUGUCAAGAUAGGCACGGACUCCGGAUAUAUCGAGAUUGAGCUGAAGGGCCCAAAGGGCAAACCCAACCUCGUUAUCAGACGCAGUCUGAAUGCCAGGACGAAGAGCUCGACGUUCACUUUGAACGGUCAAUCUGCUACGGGACGCGAGAUCAAUAACCGCAUGGCGGAGUUGAAUGUGCAAAUAAGCAACCUCUGCACCUUCCUUCCUCAGGACAAGGUCUCCGAGUUCGCCCAGAUGACUCCCCAGCAACUCCUGAGGGAGACUCAACGUGCCGCGGGCAAUGCUAACCUGACGGCAUGGCAUGACACUCUUAUCGGCUCAGGUAAAGAGCUGAAGAGCAUCCAAGAGCUUCUCACGGCGGAUCACGACCAUCUGAAAACGAUGGAGGAGCGGAACGCCAACCUCGAACGUGAGGUCAAGCGUUUUGAGGAACGUCGUCAGAUUGAGCGUGACAUCGAACUGUUGGAGCUCAUACUGCCGUUCAGAGAGUAUGUGGAGGCCAAAGAGAGGUACGGGACAUUGAAGGAGCAGCAACGCAAACUCCAUGAACAUGUCAUGACGCUUCAGAAGAGGAAUGCGCCGAUCUUAACACACAAGGGGACUCUUGAACGUGAGAUUGAGAAGUGUAGCAAACAACGGGAACGGAAGAAGACCUCGACUAGACAGAAGUUUGAUUUGAUUUCCCGAAAGGCACAAGAUAAUGAAAAGAUGGAGCAAACGUCAGAGGAUCUAAAGAACCAGUUAGAAAACCUCAAAACUGCAGAGAAGAAUCGCCUCCGGGAAAUCCACAAGUUGGAGAAGUCGAUCGGGGACCAUCAACAGGAGCUCGCCAAUCCACCGGAGACGGAGGACUUGAAUGAAAUUGAGCGAGAACGCAAACGUGUCUCGGCGGAGCGUGCAAACCUGAACAAUGAACUGCUCGAACUGCAAGGGAAGCAGAAGGACAACGUCGCAGAGGAGUCCAAAAUCAAAGCGACUAUCGAUUUGCAGUUACGGAACUUGAAGCAGCUGGAGGAUGCCUCACAUAGAAAGUUCGAGGCAUUGACAAGAUGGGACCGUGAUUGUGCCGAUGCCGUUCACUGGUUGAGGGACAAUCGCCAUAAAUUCAAGAUGGAGGUGUUUGAGCCUCCGAUGUUGUGUCUUACAGUUCCGAACAGCAAUUUCGUGCACGCAGUCGAGGGGUGUUUCUCGUCCAGUGCCUUGAAGACGUUCGUCGCACAAUGCGAAGAGGACUAUUCGCUGCUGAACCGGAUGCUGAUUGAUACCCCUGACGCGAUCGGUCGCCGGGCACGUAUUCAUACUUGGUUCAAAGUUGACGAUGGUCGAGUGCCACCUCCGCCGAUGACUCAAGAAGAGAUGCGUGGGCUGGGUUUUGAUGGUUAUGCAAUUGACUACGUCAACUGCCCCGAGGGACUCAAGUGGUUCCUAAAGGCGAACUUGAUGCUACAUCGCACUGCUAUCGCUCUGAAUUCGCAAGGCGUCGAUCCAACCCGCGCAAUGGAGCUGGUAUCGCGUAUUGGUCCUCGUGGUGAAGGUGGCGGCGCUAGCUAUAUUGUUGGGACCGUCUACAACAAUGUCAGCCGCUCGAAGUACGGCAAGCGCCUUCCGCAAAACACUACGAGAACCAUCUCGCAAGCUAGAAAUCUGGUGUCAGAAGCGAUCGACCAGAAUGUGAAGCGUGGGUAUGAGAUGACCCUUGCUGACUCUCGGGAACAGCUUGCGGCAUGCAAGCAGGCUGUGGAGGCUCUUGCCGAGGCAGAGGCGGCGAUACGCAACGAAGAUAGGAAAGUGAAGGCUGAGCUUCAAACGGUCAUCGAACGGAAGGAGGCUGUGGAUAAGGUGACGAAGCGAUUGACGAGCUUGCAGCUUCAGAUUGACCGUGAGCAAAAACGGCUUCAGCAGCUUCGCAUACAGCCUCCUGUCGACAAGCAACGAGCACAGUUAAAAACCGAGCUCGUAUCAUUAGCCAGACAGCGCGCGAGUAUCGUGAAGGAUUAUGUGAAACUGGUCAAGGCUGCAAUUAAGGAGCAAGAGGAGGCGACGAGGCUCGGCCUGCAGCAAGCUCAGCUUGCCGCAAACAAGCAAUACCUCGAAGACCUCUAUAAGGAGAAGGAGGAAGAACAACAAAGAGCCCUCGCCGAGUAUCAAGAGGUGAACAAAAAAUACGCAGAAGCCAAACAAGAGUCCAAGGCCAAGCUGGCCCUCAGCAAGGCGAAGCUUGAAUCCGUCGACGAUGAGCUUCGCGAACGAUUCAAGGAGAUAGAAGAGCGCGGAGAGGCCAGAGAGAAGAAGUCAGAGCAAGUGUUAGCGGAUUUAGAAGAGAAGCGUGCGCAGCUUGACAUGAACAUGCAUACGAACGCAGGGGUCGUCGAGCAAUACCGAAGGCGCCAAGCUGAGAUCGAGACCCUAACUAAGACGAUCGAGGAACGAGAGAGGAAAGCCGGGAGGAUCGAGCGAGCUAUCAAAACAGCCAGGGAUCACUGGCAACCUGCUCUCGAGGCGCUCGUUUCCAGCAUCGGCAAGAAAUUCUCGGCGGCGUUCGACCGCCUUGGGUGCGCCGGUGAGGUGAGAAUCAGCGAGCACGAAGACUAUGACAAGUGGGCGAUAGACAUCCUCGUCAAGUUCCGUGAUGAGGAGAAGCUGCAGCUUCUGACGGGAGAGCGACAAUCAGGAGGUGAACGUUCGCUCACGACGAUCUUGUACUUGAUGAGCUUGACGGAGGAGGCUCGCGCGCCAUUCUCUCUCGUCGAUGAGAUAAAUCAGGGUAUGGAUCAACGCGCCGAGCGCGCAAUUCACAACUCCCUCGUCGAAGUAACCUGCAAGGCCGAUAGCGGGCAGUACUUCCUCAUCACACCCAAGCUGCUGCCUGAUCUUGACUACGCGGAGCGUAUGAAGGUGCUAUGCGUGAACAAUGGCGAGUGGCUGCCAGAUGAGACGCGGGUCGGCAACAUGAUGAGCAUGAUCGAGGCGUACGUGAAGCACAAGCACUCCAAGGGGUCCAUGUAGAUUCUUGUGCAGAACUAUCGAGUAUUGAUGCUGUAAUCAAUUAGUCCUAUGUACAACAUGCGACGAUGCUCUUAUACGACGUACAGUACAUUAGGUUGUGGUCGUAAUCACUGUAUGUACAAGCAUAGCCAAUGUUUCCUGUCUCCAAUGCCGC